AUGCCCGUGUCAGUCACUACCGCGACCAUCUCGCAACCCGCGACCACCACGCCCCGAAGCAGAAGCGAGAAAGAGACGGUGACGUUGCCGCAAGAGCAGGCUCCCUUCAAUGGGAAGAAGGCGAAGAGUGCAUCAGAUGACUUCUUUUGGACAUAUACCGAAGAGCCGCACAGGACACGAAGACAAGCAAUUAUCAAGGCACAUCCCGAGGUCCUCAAGCUCUGCGGACCUGAGCCAUUGACCAUUCUUGUUGUACUGGCUGUUGUCAGCUUGCAGAUCGCAUGUGCAUAUCUUCUUAAAGAUUCUGCCAUCUUGUCAUGGCAAUUCAUGCUCACGGCAUAUGUGAUUGGAGCCACCGCGAACCAAAACGUCUUCUUGUCAAUCCAUGAAAUCUCCCACAAUCUGGCCUUCAAAUCACCCACGGCCAACAGACUCUUCGCCAUUGUUGCGAAUCUGCCGAUUGGGAUUCCAUACUCGGCAUCAUUCCGCCCGUAUCAUCUCACCCACCACAAAUCUCUUGGAGUCGACGGCCUUGAUACGGACCUGCCAACCGCUCUUGAAGCUUGGUUCUUGGACUCUGUUGGCGGCAAAGCCUUUUUCGCUACAUUCCAAAUUCUUUUCUACGCUCUGCGGCCAAUGAUGGUCUACAGUCUCCCUCUGACCGCCAUCCACGCAUUGAACGUUGUAGUGCAGCUCGCCUUCGACUUCGUCAUUGUCAAAUACUUUGGCGGUAAGGCCAUGGCCUACUUCAUUAUGAGCUCUUUCCUGGCAGGCUCCCUUCAUCCAUGUGCAGGACACUUCAUUGCUGAGCACUAUGUGUUUUCUCAACAUCAGCGCCAGCAAGAAGCAGCUUCCUCGUCAUCCGCCAAGCUUGCUCCACCACCAGAGACGUACUCCUACUAUGGCAUCCUCAACGUCCUCACAUUCAACGUUGGACUGCACAAUGAGCACCAUGAUUUCCCAGCCAUUCCAUGGACCCGGCUAUGGAAACUGAACCAGAUUGCGAACGAGUUUUAUUGCGAUCUUCCAUGUCACCAUAGCUGGACCUGGGUCAUCUGGCAGUUCAUCACGGACAAAGAGGUUGGUCUCUGGUGUCGAGUCAAGAGGAAGGAAGGUGGUCGAAAAGUUGGUGGAAUUGAGGGUGCCAAGCAACAUGCUCAGCCUGUUGACCUCGUGCUUUGA